AUGGAAAACCAACAACCCACUAAGCCGCUUGAUCCCGAACGGGAGCGCUCCAUGACCUUCUUCGACUCCUCUGCGGCGAGCUACCGCCAGAACCCUUGCAAGACCAAAGUUCGUCCGCACCUGGACAUGGUAGCUAGAUUCGAAUCCUUCGUUCUUCUCCCAGGCGAGAAGAAGGUCGAGGUUGAGGUUGAUACCCGCAUCCCGUCCACCGCCAUUUUCACCUUCAACAAGGAGGACCACACGCUUGGCAAUAUGAUCCGCUCGCGUCUUAUUACCAGCUCACACGUCCUUUUCUCGGGCUACAAGGUCCCUCACCCUCUGGUCCCAAAAUUCAUUCUACGGGUACAAACAGACGGUCAAAUCACCCCCAAGGAAGCCGUUAUCACCGCAUGCCACGAACUAGUGAAGGAUUUGGGCUCCCUCAGCCGCGAGUUUACGAAGGAAUACGAAUUGCGGAAGAUGGUUGGGACGGGUGCUCAGCAACAGAACGCGCAGAACGGUGUUUAG